GUCCUCCCUGCAGUCAAACGAUUGUUUGCAUCCUAUAUGCGGUGUGCCCCUUGGGAACAGCCAAUUAUGGGGUGCUAAUUAGCAACUCAACUCCGCCUGGAAACCACCCGGGUAACCUCUGGUCCCAACCACGCCCGGACGAUGGAGGAGGAUGGCUUGGAAGGUAAAGUGCAACAUACCAAAGAGGUUUUCAUGGCUGAAUCAUGCUGUGAACUUGUCCAUGAAAAACCACAUGUGCAGUUUUCCAAAGAGAUUUUUCUGCUCCUCUUACUUGCAAGAAAUUAGAGAAGAGUUACAGAAAUACCCUGGUGGCUCAGUUGAGCUGACAAAAGAUGAUGACACUGGUAUUGCUGUCAUCACUCUAAAUAAUUUGGGAAAGAAAAAUUCUUUGUCAGGUUCCAUGAUGGUAUCGCUGGCCGACCACGUGACAGAACUGAGCCAAUGGACGAAAGGGAGAGGCUUGAUCGUGCGUGGCGCAGACGCCACGUUCUGCUCGGGUGGCGACUUGAGCACGGUGCGCGCUCUGCUGCAGCCGCAGGACGGCCGACGGUUAGCCGUCUUCAUGCACGACGCCCUCACUCGCCUGCACGCUCUGCCGCUGGUGUCGCUGGCGCUGCUGCAGGGCGCUGCACUAGGGGGCGGGGCAGAGCUCGCCACAGCCUGCGACAUCAGGGCCAUGACCCCAGACGCCCUGGUGGGCUUUGUGCAAGUGAAGAUGGGAGUAAUCACAGGCUUCGGGGGAGGCACCCGUCUGGUGCGGCUGGUCGGGAGAACCAGGGCGUUGGAGCUGCUGUGUUCGGGGCGGGUCAUCGGGGGCGAAGAAGCCCUCCGCCUUGGCCUCGUCCAGCACCUUCUGUCCGGAAGUGGCGACGCACUGGAGCAAGCGCAGGCGCUUUUGAGCGAGAUCUACUGCGCAAGCGCAGUGCCGCUGGUGCGGGCGACAAAGAGCGUGGUGACGGUAGCAGACGACGAUGGGAGGACAUUGGAGGAAUGCCUGGAGGAGGAGAGAGACGUUUUUGCGACAGUGUGGGGCGGGGACCUUCACAAGGCCGCCCUGGCCAAGAACGUGAAACACACCGGCGCCAAAACGUCUUGAGGCAAAGACAAACUAAGUUUAUUCCCCCAACCACUUCCACCACCUUAAAUCCGCUGUGAA